UUUUACCCUAACCCAAGACAAUUAUUUUAUCUUUACUCUUGAGCAUUUUACUAAUGGAAUUAAUUUGUCAUUUACUUUUCUGACCUCAGAUAUUAAAUCUUUCAUAUCUCCUUAUGAUUAUUUGUACUUUAUAAUCUUCAUCAUGUUCAAUAAGCCGUAAUAUCUCUUUUAUACAACAGAAUUCACUUUUAACGUAGAUUCGCCAAGUAACAUAGAAUUAUAAAUAGAGAAUUAUACACAGGAAAUAAUACACAGGAAAUAAUAAAUAGAAUAAUAAAUAGAGUGAGAAUAAAAGGGGAUAAUGAGAUGUUGAGUGAGUAUUAUGAAUAUUUGAGUGAUGUGUCUGUGUUAUUGGUGGGAGCCGGUGGUAUAGGUUGCGAGUUGAUAAAAACGCUGCUAUUGACUGGUGUGAAGAAGUUGACAAUUGUUGACAUGGACACAGUUGACGUGUCCAACUUGAAUCGGCAGUUUCUGUACCUUCCAGAACAUGUGAACAAGUACAAGGCUGAAGUCGCCCGCAUUCGGGCACUGGAACUUAACCCUAAAACAGAGGUGAAAUCACUAGUCUGCGACGUUAACUCUUGGGAACCCAGUGAUCUAACCCCGUUCGACGUCGUACUCAACGCUCUAGACAAUAUCAAAGCCAGAUCACACAUCAACUACUGCUGCAUACAGUCACGAGUCCCGUUGAUAGAAUCGGGGAGUACGGGAUACAAUGGUCAGGUGUAUCCUAUAGUGAAGGAUAUGACAAAAUGUUACGAGUGUGAUCCUUUGCCAAAGACGAGUUCAAUUCCGGUGUGUUCAAUUCGUCAGAUUCCUGAGAAGCCAACACAUUGUAUAGCGUGGGCUAGAAUGCUAUACCAGCUCCUGUUUGGCACACCGGACAAUAAUAACUUGUUAACAGACCUGUCAGUUCCGACAUUACCUGACUUGAGUAACCUAGACGACAAAGCCGUAGUUGACUAUUUGAAUAAGAUCUUUGACUUUCUGUUCAAUUCCGAGGUUAAAUCUUUACAGAAAAUGGAAGAGGUUUGGGCUAAUCGGGACCCGCCAAAACCCAUCAAACACCAAUUCACACUCAAACGUAAGGCCAGUCAAAUUGAUAAAAAUUCGGAAUACGAUUUAAAUUCUGAAGAUACCAGGGGUAGGAACAAGUUUGUGGUGUUGGGGAUGGAAGAGUUACUUGACCAGUUUUCCACCAGCGUUGAGGCAAUAUUAAAUAACCCUGAAACGUUAGGAUCACUUGUAUUCUCAAAAAAUGACCAAGUUUGUAUGGAUUUUGUCUCCUCUGCGGCUAACUUGAGGAUGAUCAACUUUGGCAUUAAGCCGCUGAGCACUUGGGAUGUACAGUCAAUUGCAGGGGCAAUUGUACCCGCAAUCGCCGCCACCAACGCCAUAGUCGCGUCAUUUCAAGUCGUACAACUCCUACACCUUCUCAAAUUCCUCAAAUCAAACAACACCCUAGACUCCCAUUGCAAAAAGGUUUGGAUAAAAUCGAGUGUGAUGGGGUCAAACCCGUUGGUUAGGGGUAAGUUAUCGCAGCCUGAAUUGUUAGAACCGCCAAACCCAAAGUGUACAACAUGUCAGCAGAAGUCCUAUAAAGUUAAAAUAAAGUCCCUAGAUCUAACGUUACAUGAAUUUGUUAAGUCAGUGUUAUCGGAGUCCAUGGGACUUGAAAUGGUCAGUGUUGAUUUUAACCUCAGUAACAUUUACGACGGAGAGGAGUUUGAGGAUGAUCCUGAGUACGCAGAGUCUGUAAAGAAGAACAGUCUGGCCUUUUACGGCCUUGCAAAUAAUUCCAUUCUCACAGUCACUGAUUUGAACGGAGACUCACAAUUCGAACUUGUUCUCAAACUUGACAAUACAUUAAAAUCUAAUUUUUUAGUUCUCUAA